AAAAGAUAAUACAAUCGACGAUACCACGGACGACGAUGGGAUCCUUCUUCUCUUCCCCCGGUGCUGACCCCGACGCCGACGCCGUCGACUUCCCUUCCUCUGAUCGCCAGAGAAAACAUGAGCGUGAUGCCCUCGGUGCCAACAUGUACACCAUCUUUGCCCUCGGCCAUUACAACUCCAGGAACCCGGAUGCUAUGUUCUAUCCUGCUGCGGAGCCCAUGGAAGAGCCCAGGGCCGCCUGCGUCGGCUUCAGGCAGGACUUCUGGUACCAUGUCGGCUUCUGGGCCCGGCGGAGGGAUGCCACUGACGACAAUGAACAAAAGUACUUCUUCGCCGAGCUGCGAUUCGAGCGCCGAUCUAGACGGCUGGUGGUGGAGACAUGCACCCUCUUGGAAAAGCCAAUGUGCCGUUUCAAGAGUAGGUGCGCGUUCUGCCCGGAUAGAUUCCAGAUCUUGCAUCCGAGUGAUGCUGAAGAGUUUACUUGUGGGAAGAAGAGGCACAAAAAGAAGUUCUUCAGGGAGAGAAAUAUGCUUGGCAGGCCUUUCAUGCUUAGAUAGUCACGCUAAACUUAGCUAAGCACUGUUUUGUUACCUUGUACUGUAUAUUGCUUGUUCAGUUUAUUGUUUAUGAGAGUUGAAAAAGUGUAAGAUAGCGUUGACGUUACUACCGGAUUACUUUUUGGUUGUUGUAUACUUCACCAAUGCUCAAGACUGAUCCCGCUAUUAGUAUUGAUGGGU